AAUUUCCAAGACCCGGUUGUGCUUGUGUUCCGUCAUCAGCAAGAUUUUUCAAUAUUAGUAGUAACAAUAUCGACAAAUAUCAGCCCAAACCUCACAGACAGAGAGAGACACGCAGUGAAGAGUGAGAAAAGUGUGGUUUGGAUAAGAAGAUGAUGAGACGGUCAUUCGGUGGCGGCGGCAAAGGCAUGGGUGGUGGCAGCAUGCUAAGAGCUGUUCAAAGAGCUGUUGGGACAAGCGGUGGCACUAUUACCCAAGAUUCCUUCUCUACCGCUAAAACACCAACAACUACUACUACUACUACCCACGCCUUUAAUAACAUGACUUCUUCUACCGCCCUUUCUUUAUCCUCUUCUUCAUCACCUUUAUCCACUUUUCCGUUAUCUGCUGCUACGGCUCUUGCACCAGCCACUUGGGACACGGAUGAAUCUGAAGACUGGGAAUAUUUAGAUGGAUGCGAGGAUGAAAGGGUUAAUAUUAUAUUUGAUGAUCAUAUUCUCGGUCCUGUUCCAUCAACUGAUGAGGUUCAACAUGCAGUUUUUGCUCUUCAUCAGGUCCUUGAGCCAUCCUAUUUUUCGUGUUCCACCAACGACGGUCUUGGUUACAACUCAAAUGAGGAUAAAACAGAUGAACUUAGUAGUUCACUUGAUCUGUCGCGCGAAGUCUCUUCUAGUGGAUCCGUGUCUGAUUGGAUUGAACCGUCUAUGCAUAUUUGUAAUUCAAAACUCUUGCAGUCUUAUGGAGCUAGCCGAGUAGUUGAUGCUUUCCACAUGCUGCAAACUGAACCUUCUAUUCAGAAAAUGGUCAUUUCACUGUCAUCUGACAAGGCUGUUUGGGAUGCUGUUAUGAACAAUGAGGCGGUUCGGGAAAUCAGAGAUUCAUUAAAACAAGUUGAUGCAGCUGAUAAUGGCUUACCAGCUGGAAGUUCUGAGGAGGGUUUUGAUGAGUCUGAUUCAGAUGGGACUAUAGACAUAAUCAGUUGGAUUGUUGUGAACACCAAGGAAAAAGUGAUGGAACUAGUUGAAAAGAUCAUAGAGUUUGUGAAUGAAUGGGUUCAACCCCCUGAGAAAGAGAAGACAUCAGAAGAGAAUACUGAUCCAUUUGAUGAAAAGCUGAGGACUUCAUUCUUCCUUUCCGUCGUAGUUCUGCUAGUUGUUGUUGUUGCUCGAGCACGAUGUGCAUAGUCAACAUAAUUCGACGACAUGACAGUUGAUAGUCCUCCCUUCUCUGUACUUUUGGAAGUGGGGAGUUUCAGUUUGCUGUCUCUAUACUUGAGACAAGACAGCAACACAGAAUUUUCUUGUGUACAAAAAAUAAAUAGUUUACCCAGGAGUUUUCUUUUGCUUUUGUGUUUUUAA